CUCCUUCUUUCCCUCUCUCUGCACAAAGACCACGACAAAAAACAGACAGAGUCCGAUGACGACGACGACGAUCAAAGGGCUUGUUCACUUCGCGUUCGCAGUCUACUUGGUUUCUCUACCGUCGGGUAUCCAACUGCCUGUGGAUGGGCGGGUUCUCUUGCUGAAGAAACCCGACCCGGAAAAUGCUUCCGCCACUGCUCGCUGGUUGGUCGCUCAGAAUUCCUGGGGCGUCUUGAAUACUAUCUCAAGUGAAUUGGAAGGAGCACCCUUCGGGAAUGUGGUUUCAUUUAGCGAUGGAGAACCUGGAAAAGGCAGUGGUAUCCCUUACUUCUACUUGACAACUCUUGAUCCGACUGCAAGAAAUGCACUGAAAGAUCCAAGAGCUUCGUUGACAAUUAGCGAGCAUCCUGUUGGAACCUGUGGCAAGACGGACCCAGAGAAUCCCACUUGUGCAAAGCUUACACUUAACGGGAAGCUGAAGCUUGCGGAUUCCAAAGAAACAGAAUUUGCUAUAAGUGCCUUGUUCACAAAGCAUCCGGAGAUGAAGGACUGGCCCAAGGGUCACAACUUCCAGUUCUUCAAAUUAGACAUCGAGCAUAUCUUUCUGAUCGAUUGGUUUGGCGGUCCAAAACCUCUCACGGUCGAUCAGUACCUUCAUCCCAAAACGACAGAGAACGUCUGGAUUCGAGGAUUACUCGUGAUCUAAAUGUAAUUCCUCCUGUAUGUUUAUGAGCUGGAUGGAUCUGCAUUCGAAUUGUGCAUAAUAACUCUGUUGUAAAUCACAGGAGACAAUUGUAAUUAUAUAUAAUCAUCCAUGUAAGUUCUGUAAAUCGUUCACGCAAAUGCGCAUUCCUAAAUAAUGCAGGGGUAUUUUCGUUAUAUAAAUAGUGUUUUUUAAUCAUUAA